CCUCUGGUCGGAAAUCUCAUUCUCUUCAUCCCCAGUUCAUUGGCUUUUACCUCUUUCUGGCUUUUGCUCCCUUCCCCCUACUCCUGUUCUUCCUCUUUUUCGCAUUAUAACCCCCUACUUUCUUCCUCUCACCUUGUAAGCUUUUUUUCUAGGCCCCCCAUUUUUUUUCUUAAAAAAAAAGGGAAACAAAAACCCUAUUGCUACAAAUGAGAAUUUUGAGGGUAACUCUUCGCUAGAGCCAGAGACCUUUUAAAGGAAUGCAUCGGUGUGCAGGAAUCGUGGUGGUGAGGAGACUGAGGUCCUCAGUAUCUGGGAAAUCUUAUUGAGGGGACCCUGUUUCGGUCAUGUCACUUGUGUCUUCAGUUUGGAGAUCCUGAGGUUGUCUGAAGCGAGUGGAUCUAUUUUUCUAAGUCCAAUAGACGACCGCAGUGAGACACGGUGCGGGGACGGCCACCGAUUACUGAAUGGGAAUUGUGUUAUCAUUUGCUAAAUAUAUUGUGACAUACUUCGUGCCUCGGUGAACAGCUCCCUUGACCUUGUGCGGCUCCUCCUCCCUCGCUCUCUGUCCCCCUCUGGAAUUUCCCCUGAGAGAUCACCGAGAAAGACAGGACGGAGUCCAGUGUGAGAAUGGCUAUAACUUUGGAAGAAGCUCCGUGGCUGGGCUGGCUCUUGGUGAAAGCACUGAUGAGGUUUGCCUUCAUGGUCGUCAACAACCUGGUUGCUAUUCCAUCCUACAUCUGCUAUGUAAUUAUACUUCAGCCCCUUCGAGUGCUGGACAGUAAGCGGUUCUGGUAUAUCGAAGGAAUCAUGUAUAAAUGGCUUUUAGGAAUGGUAGCUUCCUGGGGAUGGUAUGCUGGAUAUACAGUGAUGGAAUGGGGAGAAGAUAUUAAAGCAGUUUCAAAAGAUGAAGCAGUGAUGUUGGUGAAUCAUCAGGCAACAGGAGAUGUGUGCACACUGAUGAUGUGCCUCCAGGACAAAGGACUGGUUGUUGCUCAGAUGAUGUGGUUGAUGGAUCAUAUUUUUAAGUACACAAACUUUGGAAUUGUUUCUCUAGUUCAUGGAGACUUCUUUAUAAGACAGGGAAGAUCUUAUCGUGACCAACAGCUGCUGCUUCUCAAGAAGCACUUAGAAAAUAAUUACAGGAGCAGAGAUCGAAAAUGGAUUGUUUUGUUUCCAGAAGGGGGCUUCCUCAGGAAGAGGCGAGAAACAAGUCAGGCAUUUGCCAAGAAAAAUAACUUGCCAUUUCUUACAAAUGUUACUCUGCCAAGGUCUGGGGCAACAAAAAUUAUUUUGAAUGCACUUGUAGCACAACAGAAAAAUGGAAGUCCAGCAGGAGGAGAUGCUAAAGAAUUAGACAGCAAAUCAAAAGGCCUCCAGUGGAUAAUAGAUACAACGAUAGCUUAUCCCAAAGCUGAACCUAUAGAUAUUCAAACCUGGAUCCUUGGAUACAGGAAACCAACAGUCACACAUGUACAUUACAGGAUCUUUCCAAUUAAAGAUGUACCCCUGGAGACUGAUGACCUUACCACUUGGCUCUAUCAGCGGUUUGUUGAAAAAGAAGACCUCUUAUCACAUUUUUAUGAAACAGGAGCUUUUCCACCUUCCAAGGGCCAUAAGGAAGCUGUUUCCAGGGAGAUGACCCUCAGCAGCUUGUGGAUAUUUCUCAUACAGUCUUUUGCAUUUUUGUCAGGCUAUAUGUGGUACAACAUCAUUCAGUAUUUUUACCAUUGCCUGUUUUAGGAAUUGACGUGGACUUGUCAAGGUCACCGUAGGAGUUCAGACUUUCUUUCAUAAGUGUGCAUUAUUUUACAUGUGCAAAUCAGAAUAUAUUUAAAAAAAAGCAAAAGAAAUUCAAUGGAUGGAUUAAUAUUUAUCCCCCUUUGGGAUAUUUUAAAACUCUACUAAAAUGAGGAUUAGUAAUAUAAUGACCUGCUAAUAUAUUUUAAGAACAUGUUUUAAAAAGAUACACUCUAUCACAUAUUUAAGCAAACAUCACAUUUGGAGAAGAGGAAAUCAUAAAAUCAUCCUAGAAGACUAUCUGAGAGAAAUUCUGUUGCCACCAGUUAUACUUGACAAUUUAGUUGAAGCUCAGAAAGUUAUAUUCAUCCCUCUUAGCUGUAGUCUAUAUUAGGGCAGUUCUCUAGAACGCCCACGUUUCCACCAACUCAGUAAACUUGAGGGGAGCUGGUUGGCACCUCGUGAAGAACUCUUUCCCUGUCGUUUGCAGUAACAAACUCCAGUCUGUUGCAGUAACAAACUCCAGUCUGUUGCAGUAACAAACUCUAGAAUAUUGACAUUCUCUGUGGGGGAAAAGCAGUGUCCACUGGACCCCUUCUGGUACUGGAUGUGUUCUUUACAAAGGCUAGCUCAGUCCAACACUGUGUUUACAUACACUCGUGCUUUUCCUUAUCUGACUUCUCAUUUUGUAUAAGAGGCAUAUCAUAAAUUGAUAAUUUUGCAAAAUGCACUUUUUUGAGAUGCAGAUAUAGCAAAGGAUUAGUAAUAUAGCCUGAAAACAAAUGGGAGCAUAGCAGUGUGUGAGGUUCUCGAGAACUGUCUUGUCUCUGUGUGUUUAUUUGCCUGCCAGUGCUCUCCAGCGCCAUCCUGCCCUGGACACCACCCUGACGUGAUGCCUCUAUUGCAGCUCAGAGGCUUUAUUUUUUCCAUUUUGACAUUGGCACUAAAUGCAUUUGGGGAUGGUUAAAACAAAUUACUAUAGAACAUUUAAAUGAUCAGUUUAAGGGGAAAUAGGCUAGUUUAUAGAAAAAUAAGAGCUAGUGGCUUAUAAUGGUGACAGGUUCUCAUGUGGCACCCCUAGGACCUGUGCAGACAGUAGUCUGUUGAAUCAUUACAUCAAGGAGCUGCCCCUGUCAGGGUGAGUGUAAUUAGGAAAGAGACCAGCACAUAAGGCUCCCCCCAAUCUCUUCCAGUUGCUUUUUCUUUUUUCUUUUUUUUUUAGACAGGUCUUACUCUGUCACCCAGGCUGUAGUGCAGUGGCAUAAUCUCAGCUCACUGCAUUCUCUGCCUCCCGGGUUCGAGCGAUUCUCCUGCCUCAGCCUCCCAAGUAGCUGGGACUACAGGCACCCACCAUCAUGCUUGGCUAAUUUUUGUACUUUUAGUAGAGAUGGGGUUUCACCAUGUUGGCCAGGCUGGCCUCGAACUCCUGACCUCAGGUGAUCUGCCCACCUCGGCUUCCCAAAGUGCUGGGAUUGCAGGCGUGAGCUACCACGCCCGGCCUCCAGUUGCUUUUGAAGAGGGUAAAGUCAAGUUUCUAUUUCUAGAAAACAUUUUUUAGAAAUUUGUUGCGAUGUUUGUACAAUUUACCUCAUAAGAGAACCACAGCCUUCUCCAAAAGUGCUGGUACUGCAUCAGUGAGAUGAGUAGGGUUUUUGUUUGGGAUUGUAAGACUAUUAAGAUCCUAGUAAGUCAGGGUAGUUUACUGUGAUGUGAGCAUUGUAGAUUCCCCCGUUGUCACUAAUCACACAAAUAACAAUUUUGAGAAGUAGGCUAUAAAACAAAAAAAGGUUGCUGUUUUCUAUUUUUAAAUAAACCAAAAAAAAAACAGAAAAGAUGUGAAUUUUCCCCAGUUAUGUGGGAAAGGUAAAGCAACACCAAAUAAAAGCCCACAGCAGCUUCAUCUUUAGGAUAACUCAGUGCAUAUGUGAAAGAGAAUGAUGCAUUAACUGAAAUACCUCAUUGAAUAUUAUACUACUACUGGUAAAAUGCAGAAGACAGUGUUAAUGUGUUUGGUUUGGGGACUGGUUGUUAUAAAAUGCAGUUUUUUUUGAAAUCUAAGCAUUUCAUUAUGUGUUCUACAGUGUCGGUGAAUAAAUGAAACCAAUCUCAAUUUAGAGGUAUGGAUGAUGACAGAAAGCCCAAUAGAAGCUUAAUGAUGCUUCUGUUUGAGGCCCAGCAAGCACCACUAAAUUACUGGAUGAAAUGAAAUUGUUCACUUGAGGGAUUAGUCAACCAUCUGGGGGAGAAGUUGCUCACUGUCAAAUACAGCAUGCACGGUCCUAGCUGAUAGACCUUUUCCUCAUUGCUACAGCAAGCCACAGGGUAGAGUGACCAGUUCUCCUAUCCAAAAAUAAAUGCGAACAUGCAUACAUAAAUGUGGCUGAGGGCCACUUUUGCCAUCACUGUGCUCCAAAGGAACAUGAUAUUGUUAAAUAUACUGUACACAUUAAACUAUUCUAUAAGAUGCUUUACUUUUCAAGUACAGUGUCAUUUUCACAGUCUCCAGGGUGACAAAUGCCAAUAGAUAUGUGAGUUAAUUUUUAAAAAUAUCUCCGUGAGUUGUAAAUAGAUGUGUAUUUGAUCUGCCCUAUCCUUCUUUGAUUCUUUAACAUGUUCUCUCUCUUCUGUUUGCAAAAUAUGUUUGAAAGCAUUGGUAGUACUUUCCUUAUCAGUAACUGGAGUUCUCCUGCUUGCACUAGAGAAGGUAAAGAGAGAAUCAGUAUUCUUAUAUGGCAAUCUGGGGAAGCAGCAAUAUGCCACUGUACAAAACUGAAGAAAAGUUCCUAAUUUGUACUUUGUGAAGGGAGAUGAAAGGACGUUUAAAGUAUAUAUAUUUUGUCAAGAGGAAAGAAGAUAAAACUAUGCCAGUUUUAUAUCAAUAGCUUGUAGAAGCUCAGCUCUUCUUGGUCUUGGCUAGACUGCCUAGAUUCCCACAGCAGACAAGGUUGAGAAUCCAUUGCUGGAAUCUUGGUAUUGAUGAGUUACAGUGAUGGAACAUGUGCUUGGCCACAGGCAGGUCCAGUCACUGCAAAAGUGACCAAGCCAGCAGGUCACCCUUAACUUCAGAAACAAUUAUUGGUGGUGAACUGUACUUAAAUUGCAGAGAAACCUGUAAGUAAUGGAAGGUAAAGAAAAAUUACAGAAUGGAAAAUAAUAUUUUGGGUAAGCAAACAAAUUCACUGAGAAUUCCAAAAGUAUAUUAAAAAAGAAGAUAGCUAUGAGUUCAGAUCUAUCUUAUCGGUCUUUAAUAUUACAACCAAUCCUUAACUUUCCACUAUGAAGGAAGGAUUACUAGAUUGAUUACUUUCUGGAUAGAUAAUCUGGUAAUAAAUGAUAGGUAAAUCAAAAAUUACUUUUAUUUAGGAGUUUGAAUUCUUACUCUCAUCAGACAUUUUUUUUCUAGGGACGCUUACUAAUUAAAUGAUUUAAGUUGUUUCUUAGGGGUUUUUUGCCUAUAUAUUUAUGACUGUGUUAAUGAGUAGUGAAAUGAUGCAGAAAGACAGCUAUCAGGAAGAGGAAAUACAGAAGCCUGAAUAAUCUAUGGGUUAGAAAAGCAUCCCUGAAUAAUCAAAAAUUGGCAGUAUUGGCAUUGUUCUCAAGCCUUUUUAUGAAAAUGAAAUCUGAAAUCACCAAAUGUAAACCUGGGAACAUUAUUCUAGUGUUGCUGUCUUGGAUUCAUGUUAAGAAGCGUCUUCAUUCUUUGCUCAUGUUGCCCACUUCUUGUGGAUUUGUCUGAGUGUUUUUUGACAAUCACUUCCUUAAAGACUCUUCUGAACUAGUUGGACCUGGUUAAUCAUAGAGAGUAGCCUUUAAUCAUGGAUAGUCUUCUUGGAUUAUUUUUAUAUUUGAAAAGAAAAUGUUUUAUUUGCACUACUGAGUAGGAAGAGUUAAUUGUUUUCUUUGUUCUUUUUUUGAAGUCAUUACACAGGACUUCACUCCAGAGUUAACCAUUAUGAGUGUGUUCAGCUCUGGUCCACAGAGGAUGGAUAAAAAUGGUUUGUUAUGUUUUUUUGCUCUGCAGUGCUAUGAGCCUUAUAUCUGUUAAUAUGAAGGACAAAGUCAAAAGCAGCAGUGGGUAGCAGGAAGGGUAGAGACUAAUAUGUUUGGGACCAAAACCAUCUAAGUUAGAGAUUUCCAGAUCACAGAGGGGCUGGGUAUUCUCUGGAGCAGUCAUUGGUUGGUGCUUUAUUGUAAUCAUUUUGCACCAAUCCCCAACAAUUAGGAACUGGACCCUGGGAAUAAGCUGAGGGUGCUGAACUGUUGGGGAAGGGUGACUGUAGCCAUAUGGAAGAUAAAAUAUGGGUUUUUCUGCAAAAUUUCCAUCUGAGGGUUUUUACAUUUAAUAUUUUUUUAAAACAGUUUAAAGAGCAAACGUUUUUUAAGUGUAUUCUAGUUGCAAAGUAUGCACACAUAUCUUGAAUGGCUUUAUUUUUAUUGUGUAAAACUGUUGAACACAUGACUGUGAUGCACAAAUUCUUUACGUGUAAGGAGUCUAUGCAUUUUACAGUAACUUAUUUUAUGAUCGGGUGAUGAGACAGUUAUACUUUCAACUGCCAUUAUUUUUAUUAAGUGCUUUCAUUUUCUUUACAGUUAUUAUAAAAUUGUAUUUAUUUUAUACAGAUGGGUUUUCAUUUUCCUGAUGCUGUAAUGUUUACUUCAGCUUGUUGACCUUUCUUUGUGUUAUCUGCAUGUUGUAACGUGUGAUAAGAAUGAAUGUAAAGGCUGUGGCAACUGUAAUUAAUUUUUGUAAAGGGCUGGUCACACGUGGAUCUGGUUUAUGAAUGCAUUUGGGAUGAUUUUGGUAACCAGAUCACCUUUUCAGAAAUUUAGAUGUGAACACCAAAAGAAGCAUUUUCUCAACAAAAAUUAAUAGCUGGUUCUAUUUUUUUUAAACCUAGAAAAAAUAAAGUUGAUUUUUUUCAAUUAAA